AUGUCCACGGCAGUGUUAUCGGAGGAUCGCAACGGAUUUUCGGCGCGAGACGAACUUCCGGACUUCAAACUUGCCGAGAGCAUGCGAGUUCCCUCCUUCGAGAGACUUCCCGUUAGUUUUUCUCUUUUUUUGGGGGCUUCUGUGUGAUGCUGGACACUUGAGGUAGCCGUGAGAAUCAGAAAAUUUUUUCCAAUUUUCCCGACAUCUCCUGUUUUCUCUCUUCCUCAUUCCCUUUUGGUUCACUUUACACUAGUUACAGUAUCCAUCUUGGCGCGCGAAUUCAAAUUCUUGAUUCUCGGUGUAUCCCCCCGUAACAAUUCAAAAUCUCGAGCCCCGAUAGUUUUGGUGUACAUACAUCCAAACCUCCAUUCGUUUCUGACCAGUGGCGGCGCCAUGACAGGUGCUUCCAUAAAUCAUUGGCGGCGAAUGUGAGAUGUCGUGGCGGCAUACGGUAUCUCUCUGUUUCUCUUCCUCUUCCGCCGCCGCCGCGCGACACUUCCGCGCGGACAUUCUCUGCGCGGAAGAGUGCGACGAGAAGCCAGAGAGAGAGAGAGAGAGAGGUCAGCUGAGUGUGUGUGUGUGUGUGUGUGGUCUCUCUCUCUCUCUCUCUCUCUCUCUCUCUCUCUCUCUCUCUCUCUCUUCCACACUCCGGUCUGGCAUCAUCCGCUUCCGUGGCGAGCGUCUCUCACACCCACGCUCUCCCUCGCUCCUUCUCCCUCUUCUCGGUCAUUCCGUCGUCGGCCUCCUCCUUUCGCUUCGCUUCGUUUCUCUCUUUCUCUUUCUCUCUCUCUCUCUCUCUCUCUUUCCUUACUAUUAUAUUAUAUUGUUGCUUAGAGUAUUCCCGCCCGAACUGUGUGUUAGUUUCGGUUCCGCCCAAAAACACCAUCUUGUAGUAGAGAAUGAUCGGAGCCGCCCUCGAAAACCCGCCCGCAGUCAAAUCGGCACUGGUGAGUUUUUGCCAACUUGGCGGCCUGCGAAAUAUCAAAUGCCACGCGGGAUUUAUUAUUGAUUGAGUCGUUUCGAGAGAAGCUUCACGUGUUGCGAGUUGCUUUUUGGACAGGUUUUCGAGAAUUCAACCUUCUGGUAUUUCUAGCACUCUGAACUUUGACAGUACCAAACGGUUCAUUAGAAGCUGAGAGACAGACACGUUAAAGUUUCGACGAAUCUUAGCGUUCCGGCUUGAGACUCGGUUUCUCAUCAAAAAAGUGUGUUUGUUAAUAGUUACAAUGAAUCGAAGGCUUUUCAAAAGUUGCCACUAUCGCUAGAUCGCUCGCCACACUUUCUGAGCCAUUAGAUCCAUAGAAAUCGUUCAGUAUCAUCUAUUUUCAAGAAAUUUUAUUUAGUUGGACUACUGAUAGCACUCGACUCACCGAAAUUUCCAAUGUUUUCGGUUUUGAAAAAAUUUCGCUCAUGACGAAUCUUGGCUUCAUGCCAAACUGUUCCGAAAUGUUGCCAAAUGUGACCUUCACAGGAAAUGAAUGCGAAAUGUUUACACUCGUUCUCGCCCCUCUCAUUUUAUUAUUAUACUUUACGGUUUACCCAUCCGAUCCGAUAAUAAUAAUAAUAAUCAAAUGCGUUUUUGGUAACCUGAUUUAUGAAUGAGUCGCUUACAAAAAUGUGGCUCUAUGAGUCUUUGAGCCCUCUCUUUCGCUUUCCAUUUUCCAUUUUCGAUGGCCGAAAUUAACAUGUAAAUGAAUGGGCUCCUCGCGCACAUUUGUGGCCGAAUACGAAAUGGACUUCGUGUGUGUCAUUAUUAUUAUCCGAUUCGCAGAGCAUUCAUACACCAGAAAAAGUGAGAAAAAGGCUAAAACAAGUGAAGCAGAUGUGAAUUGAUGACCGGCAAAACCGAAUGAUUUUCAGUCGCCCACGCCGAGGUACUUUGGCUCGUGCAAAUGGUUCAACGUGUCGAAAGGCUACGGAUUCGUGAUCGACGACAUCACGCGAGAGGACCUUUUCGUCCAUCAAGUACGUCUCCAGAGAUAUUAUCCAUCUCCGUAUGUUAGUGUCGUUUCAGUCGAACCUGAACAUGCAAGGAUUCCGGAGUCUGGACGAGGGCGAACGCGUCUCCUACUACAUCCAGGAACGGGCGAACGGAAAAGGACGCGAGGCGUACGCAGUGAGUAAAUUGAAAUUGAGAUGAAGCGAAACGCCCACUAACUAAUACGACUUUUAAAUAAACUAAUUGUAUUCGGGACAUUGCAUUCUGUUCUUCGGAUUAAUUGGAUUCGGACCAACGGGAAGUCGAGGUGCGAGGGAAAGAAAGAGGAAAGAGCACGCGCUCGGCAUGAGCUUAUUAGGGAAACGUCCGAAUGGAAAUGCGAGCAUUCUUGUCAUUUUUGCAAAACGAUGAGCAUCGGGAUCCAGUUGUUGUCAAAAAAUGAAUAAAAACGGUUGAAGCACGACAGAGCUGUUUGGAAUUGUGUUUUGCUUUACCUUUACGGAAUUCGAAACGCCAAAACAACAAUGCUUUCGUAAUCUGACAAGUAGAAAAUCGAUAGAAAAUCGAAAAAACCGUUAAUUGUUUUGGAAAAGCAAAACGCCCGUUUUUGAAUGCUUUUUUUUUUUGCAAAAAUGCAGAUUUUUGGUGAUUUUUGGUAUAAAGUCUUUGCGGAAAUGGAAUUCUGUGCAGCUCGAUACCUAACAAUAAGUUAAAAGUUAACAAAACGCAUCACGAUUCAACGAUUCUUCGUGAUUGGCGUGCAAAGUGUGAAAAAGCCAGAAAAAAGAGGAGUGAAUGAAAUAAAUUCGUGUUUUCAGGUAUCGGGAGAAGUGGAAGGCCAGGGCCUGAAGGGCAGCCGAAUCCAUCCGCUCGGCCGCAAGAAGGCCGUCUCUCUGCGCUGUUUCCGAUGCGGAAAGUUCGCGACGCACAAGGCGAAGAGCUGUCCGAACGUGAAGACGGACGCGAAAGUGUGCUACACGUGCGGCUCCGAAGAGCACGUGAGCUCGAUCUGUCCGGAGCGUCGGCGGAAGCACCGUCCGGAGCAGGUGGCCGCGGAAGAGGCGGAGGCCGCCCGAGCAGCCGAACAAGCCGCCGGAGCCGACGACGACGACGACGAAGAGGAUCAACGGGACGGAAAUUCGCAAUAA